AGUGUGACCAAAUUUAAAACGCAACCAUGUUAGGAACACGUAACAGUGGAUGACAGCUUCGAUUAGAAUUAUUCGAUUGCUCAGCUGAUUCGAUAAUAACUACAUUGUUCAACAAACGCUCUGGAAUAAUGGCAGCCCGUCGCAUCGCCCAAUCUUCGAUCAACUGGUCCGCUCUCGCCGAGCGUGUGCCUGCCAACCAGAAGAGCAGCUUCAGCGCCUUCAAGACCAAGUCCGACAUUUAUGUGCGCUCUGUGUUGGCUAACCCAGAGAAUCCCCCCAAGAUCGACUGGGCCUACUACAAGCGUUUGGUGCCCGUUGCCGGUCUCGUCGAUGGCUUCCAGAAGCAGUACGAAGCUUUGUCAGUCCCAUAUCCCAAGGACACUGUUUCGUCGCAGGUGGACACGGAAAUCGAGCAGUCAAAGAGCGAGAUUGCCGCAUACAAGAAGGGUUCGGAGGAUCGCAUCAAGAACUAUCAGAAGGAAAUCAGCCAUCUGAAAUCUCUGCUGCCAUACGAUCAGAUGACCAUGGAGGAUUAUCGCGAUGCAUUCCCCGAGACCGCCCUGGAUCCCAUCAACAAACCUACUUUCUGGCCCCACACUCCCGAGGAGCAAGUUGGCUACAAGUCCAAGGAGCAGUUGGAGGCUGAGGCUCAGGGACAUCAUUAAACUAGGCGAAUUGGCGCGACUCCUUUGGCCACAUAAUAACGAAAAUAUUGUAAUUCGAAAUGUUCAGAUCGUUGGAGUGGAAUAAAAGUCAUUUAAAAUGAA